AUGGUAAUAAAGAAGAGCAAUUCCAAGCUGGGGAUAUGGUUAUAUAUGAUCCUGGGGAGGUUGUUCUUGAAUAGCUUCGGUGAGCCACAAUUCGAGCGAGGGAAAGAAAUAGAAAACCUUUUCUUGGUCGGCGAAGGAGAGCUAGUCGUGGGCAGCGGAGAGAGAGGCGACGAGGGAUUGAAUAUGGGAAUGGAGGUCGGAGAUGAGAUUGUCGCAAUCUGCGAGCUGGUCGCGGAGGGAGGCGGAUUCGGCCUCGAUCGAGGGAGGAGACGCGGGUGGCGAGGGCGAUGGAGGUGA